AUGAGGAUUGAUCAGCACAACCAUGUGCCCCAAUAUCAGUUUCCCACAGCCUGUCAUCGGCAUGUCAACCUGGAAAUGGAAAUCAUCUUCCUCACUCAGACUGGAGUUGUGAUCCUGGGAAACUCCUCCCUCUUUUGUCUUUUAAACUUCACUUUGUUGACUGGAUAGAAGUUGAGAUCCACAGAUCAGAUUAUCACACUGGCCUUAGCCAACAACUUGUCUCUCUUUUCCAUAGGGAUCCCACAGACAAUGGCAGCUUUUGGAUUGAAAUAUUUCCUGGAUGAUGCUGGAUGUAAACUUGUCUUCUAUUUACACAAACUGGCCAGAGGGGUUUCUCUCAGCUCUACCAGUCUUCUGAGUGGUUUCCAGGCCAUUAAGUUUUGCCCCAGAACCUCUUUAUGGGUGGACUUCAGAAUUCGAUCCACAAAGUGUAUUGGUUUCUGUAGUUUUCUUUUCUGGAUCCUACAACUCUUGGUAAAUGUCUGUAUUCCUAUUAGAGUAAUUGGCCCAAGAAGUAGCAAAAAUAUAAGUGUAAAAACAAAUUAUGGAUACUGCUCCCCACUCAUGCCUGAUAAAUUUAUCAGCUUAUUACGUGUAAUUAUAUUAUCUUACACGGAUGUUAUAUGUUUGGGCUUCAUGAUCUGGACUAGUGGGUACAUGGUCCUUUUCCUGCACAGGCACAAGGAACAAGUCCAACACAUUCACAGCAACAGACUCUCCCCCAGACCUUCCCAUGAGGCUACAGACACGCACACCACCCUGAUUCUAGUGAGCUCCUUUGUCUACUUUUAUUGUCUCUCUUCCAUUUUGAGUCUUUGCAUUACUCUUAUUGUGAAUCCAAAACAGUGGCUAAUGGACAUGUCUGUGCUAAUAGCAUCACUUUACCUGCUUUCCUUUGUGUUCAUCAGCAGUGACACCCAUGUCUCUAAGUUCUUCCGUGAUUUCUGA